AUGCAUAUACCUGGUAAACCAUCGUCAACUUCUUAUUCUCCUACUACAAGUUCUCAACCCCUAACACCCUUGAUAUCGCAAGAUAAUACAUCCCAACAAACGACGGAAGCUGCUCCAAUCGAAAGAAGAGGUCGCAAAGGUUUUGCGACGACGAUGAUGCCUCUGUCUAAAAAACAUUAUCAGAAUUCAUUAAAUCAAAGAAUUCUCUGCCAAAGACGUGCUAAUUAUAUUCGAAAUUUGGAAAUUAAAGUUACGACUUUUGAAUCGUUAUAUUUCGAUGCUCAAAAUGAAAUUCAAUUGUUACGUGAAAAAUUGGCUUUGCUUGAAGAAUGA